CUGUAUCUCCAUGGAUACCACCAACAGCGCCACACCCCAGCUCUUCACAGGGACUGCAAUACCUCAGCCAGCUUGUAGAGACACUCCUUGGGAAAUAUUAAACGACAUGGGACAACAAGUCUACAGUAUCACAGAGGACCGUAAUUGCUUCUGUGAAUAUUUCCUUGGAAUCAAGGGACCUCUCUCCAUACACUUUACUGAUCAUACAGGAGGCGUAGUCAUGGAAGUGUAUAGACCCUGCACCUGCGCGUAUUGCCCAGAAAAAGUACAAGUGCGGACACCUUCUGGAGUUCCCAUGGCCUACAUUGCAAAAACAUUUUUUUCAAAGACACUAAAAAUUCAGAAUGAAAAUGGGGCUGAUAUACUGAAAAUGGUCGAGCCCUCAUUUUGUUCAAAUACUUUUCAGAUAACUUCUAUUGCUGGGAACUAUCAAGUUGGAAGAGCUGUCAUAAACCAUUCUGGGAUUCCAUUUUGUCCACAAGCAACAAUUCGUGAUAUUCACUUUCCACUGGACCUCGAUAUAAAAAUGAAAGCAGCCAUUCUAAGUGCAUGUUUGUUUUUGGAAACUUAGCUGGAAAGUACAUGGAAAAGACACAUUUGGAAGAAUUACAAUGGAAGACUGUCUGCAAUUGA